AUGGAGAAUACCGAGAACACCACCGCUUCCCCCGCUGGAGCUCAGCCCACUCAGAAGGAUGCGUUCUUCUUUCUCAACAUCAUCGGCAGCAUGAAGAACAAGCCCGAUGUUGAUUGGGAGGUUGUGGCCCAGAAGUCAGGUUACAACAAUGGUGGUACGGCUAAGACCCGCUUCGGCCAGAUUAAGAAGAAGCUGGGCUUCACCGAAGAUGGAGGUGCAUCUGCCGCUGGUCAGCCAAAGACUCCAACCAAGCCUCGUGCUAAGAAGGAGAAGACCGUCGGCAGCGGCACAAACGGCAGUGCUUCCAAGGUCGUCAAGAAGCGCACUCCCAAGAAGGAGAAGGCCGCCAAAGUCGAGGAUGAGAAGUUCGAUACCAAGGAGGAGCCUCAGUUCGACGACUCCGGCAUCAACUUCUUUGGCCAGCCUCAGACGGAGUUCGGAUACCAGGAGAGCGUCGAGCACAAAUAUGCGUCCGAAGAUGACACUGCUUAA